AUGAGAAACGCCACAAAGGAUACGGCCGCACCGCAGCAAACCGUGUACACCGAUAAGGUCAAUUAUGGCGGUGUGAUUGAGUCGUUAAAUCUGAAAAAUGAACGAAACGGUCCACCACCGACAGCGGUACAGCAUCGGAACAGCCUGCAGCAGCAGCCGAAGCGACCUUCGGUAGCGAAGCACGGCAGCACGGGCGGUGGUGGGGCGGCCCGGGUGUCCUCGUCCAGCGAUGCGACCGACACGUCCGGGAGCAGCUGCAGCGAUGGCGACACGUCGUCCUCGUCGUACGAUGAGCCGAACCUGCCGUACCCGGGCUUCGCCGAGUUCUCGCUCAAGUACCUUGCUCAGGAAACGAAGCCACGCAUCUGGUGCCUGCAGCUCAUCACUAAUCCGUGGUUCGAGCGAAUCUCGAUGAUAGUCAUUCUGCUAAACUGCGUCACGCUUGGCAUGUAUCAGCCGUGUGUGGACGAUGCUUGCGUUACAAACCGCUGCAAGAUAUUGCAGAUCUUUGAUGACAUCAUCUUUGCCUUCUUCUCGCUCGAGAUGACCAUCAAGAUUGUGGCGAUGGGGGCCUGGGGCAAGGGUACGUAUCUGGCCGACUCGUGGAACCGGCUCGACUUCUUCAUCGUGCUCGCCGGUGCGCUCGAGUACUGCCUGCAGGUGGAAAACCUCAACCUGACCGCGAUCCGCACCAUCCGCGUACUGCGACCACUGCGCGCGAUCAAUCGCAUACCGAGCAUGCGAAUACUGGUGAUGCUUCUGCUGGACACGCUGCCCAUGCUCGGUAACGUUCUGCUGCUGUGUUUCUUCGUGUUCUUCAUCUUUGGCAUCGUCGGUGUGCAGCUGUGGGAAGGUAUCCUGCGCCAACGGUGCGUCAUUAAGCUACCGGACAAUGUGUCGCCGCCGUCCUAUCUCACGUCGUCCCCGCGUAACAUUUACUACCGAAUUGUUAACCAGAAAAAAAUCAAAACAGAUGUUUCCUUUUACUACGAGUUCUCCAAGGAGCAGGACUACAUCUGCUCCAAGCCAGAAGACUCCGGAAUGCAUCUGUGCCAGAAUCUGCCCCCGUAUCGAAUAGGGCCGCUUGUGUGCAAUGACACUGCACUACCCUAUUCGGAGAAUGACCCAACAGCGACAGCCUGUGUGAACUGGAAUCAGUACUACACGAACUGCACGCAGCUGGGUAACAAUCCGUUUCAGGGCACGAUAUCGUUCGACAACAUUGGACUCGCAUGGGUUGCAAUAUUUCUCGUUAUAUCUCUCGAAGGUUGGACCGACAUAAUGUACUACGUGCAGGACGCACACAGCUUUUGGGAUUGGAUCUACUUUGUGUUACUAAUCGUGAUUGGCUCCUUCUUCAUGAUCAACCUUUGCCUAGUCGUCAUCGCCACGCAGUUCUCCGAGACGAAGAAACGGGAAAUGGAACGAAUGAGACAGGAACGGGCACGGUUUACGUCCUCGUCCACACUCGCAUCCAGCACAAACAACUCGGAACCGACGACCUGUUACGCGGAGAUCGUGAAGUACAUCGGCCAUCUUUACCGCCGGCUCAAACGUCGCAUCAUUAAGAAGUUACGAUUGUAUAAAUAUCACAUGCAAAAGCGCAAGGAAGGUCUCAUACCGUGCACGCCAGAAACGAUCACACUGUCACCGAACAAAAUCAAAGCCCAUCACCCGAAAUGCCCGCGAAUGGGCGCCCUCUUGCAGCACGCUUCGAUCACCAACCUGCAGCAGCAAAAGAACAAGCACGAUCUGCAGUCCAACCUGUCCAUCAAUCGGACGGGUGUGGCGCUUAACCACCCGGAGACGGGCAGCGUACCAGCGGACAAUCAGGUUUCAUCGCCCGAGGUUUCGGAAAUUGUAUCGUUGGAGAACAUCAAGAACAAUGCACUGAACAAUUCCACCAACUAUCUAAACGAGGACCGACAAAAAGUACUACUGCUGAAGAUCAACAAUGAGGAUCAAUCGAACGGACAAGAUCACCACUGUAUGCCAAGCUUGCUAAGCCCUCCAUCAGCAGGUAGACGAAGAUCGUCCGUCAUGUUUAACGAAUAUGUAGUGCUUCAUACGCCUCCAACCAUUACAGAACCACCGCAAGAUAAGAAUGUGUACUGUUUGGAGAAAAUGACCCAAGCGGGUGAUGGUAGCAUCUGGCAGGUUAACUUGCCACACUCGCUACAGACUGUGAGCACCGUGUUUAACGAGUACUCCGAUCUGUGCCUAACGGACGCCAUGACCUGUCAGGAGCUGUUGGCAUUCUCGGUGGCUUUCUCGGCCGCCCUACCGACCGGUCAAACCACGCUCGAAUCUUUCUACACCUCGCUCAAGCGUGCCAAGGGUACCGAGUCGACACGGUUCCUCUCCAGCCAGCAGGCAGGGCAAACGAACGCGACGCUGCCCCUGCCCGAGAUAGAGCGCUUGAGCAGCAAAUCAAGCAACGAACCUUCGCGCACCAGCUUCGACCCGGUAUCGACGGGCAUUAAUAACAUCAACAUGGAGGAGUUUGCCUGCUGUUACGAGUACUAUCAGAACCAGGGCCUCGCCGAGGAGAAGCCUCCGCAGCGCUCCAAGUGUAUGCGAGUGCUGAUUGCAGUGUGGCGCUGCUUCCGCCGUACCUGUCACGUUACGCGCAUUGUCGUGAAGAAGCUGGUCGACCAUAAGUACUUCCAGCAGGGUAUACUGCUUGCGAUCCUCAUCAACACGCUCUCAAUGGGCAUCGAGUACCAUGAUCAACCGGCCGAACUGACGGCCAUCGUCGAGACGAGCAAUAUCGUGUUCUCCGCCAUCUUUGCUGUCGAGAUGGUCCUGAAGGUGAUCGCCGAAGGACCGUUCCGGUACGUCGCCAACGGGUUCAACGUGUUCGAUGGCGUGAUUGUCAUACUCAGCGUGGUGGAGCUGGCCCAAGCCUACCUUGGCGAGGGACAGGGCAGCUCCGGAUUGAGCGUACUGCGCACGUUCCGGCUGCUGCGGAUACUGAAGCUCGUGCGCUUCAUGCCCAAUCUCCGCCGGCAGCUGUUUGUCAUGCUCCGCACCAUGGACAAUGUGGCUAUCUUUUUCAGCCUGCUGAUACUCUUCAUUUUCAUAUUCAGCAUUCUUGGCAUGUACCUUUUUGGAGGUAAGUUCUGUAAGUUUGUCGAAGAAAGCGGGAAAGAAAGGGAAUGUACUUGUCCAGAAAUUGUCUCCAAGCAUCCGCAAUGUGAAUGCGACCGUAAGCAUUUCAACAAUAUCCUCUGGGCCACUGUGACCGUGUUUCAAAUACUCACGCAGGAGGACUGGAAUGUGGUGCUGUUCAAUGGCAUGGAAAAGACAAGCCAUUGGGCCGCACUCUACUUCGUGACGCUCAUGACUUUCGGAAACUAUGUUUUGUUCAAUCUGCUGGUCGCCAUCCUGGUGGAGGGUUUCAGCUCAGAGCGUAACGAGAGACGUGAGCGGGAGCAGAGAGAGCUCGUGAAGGCUAAACUGAACGCGGAAGCUCUGGCACAGGAGCAAAGCAUGGAGGUGUACGAUGAUCAGCGAAGUUUUUCCGAAUCUUCCACCACCGACAGCUACAAUGGGUCGCGUGGAAAGUGGUAUAGCGUGGAAGAACUCAGCAAGGUGCGCAAUCUGGACAUAAAGUGUAACAUUCAAAAGCAACGACUGCUCCAACCCAACUACGAAGAUCCGAAAAACGUGGCUCAGAAGAACAGGCGGGAGAAAGAUGUCUCCAAACCGGAACCAACUUCGGGCAAAAAGAUGAAAGGGAAAAAGACAGAAUCGUUGAAGCUGUACAACAUCCAAGUUCAGGAUCCGCCGAUCAUUACCACCACGGCAGCAACGCCGCAAGAUUCCCCGAACGGCACAAUGGAGUCCGGAACGAGCUUCAAGGAUUGGGAUCAGGCGGACUUUGAAAAGUACGAGCGGGAAAAUUCUUCCCUGCUGAAGCCACCCUCCAUUCUCGGUUCGCUUAAAACGCUGGACGAUCGUACGUUCUUCGAGGGUACUCCCGUCUUGAACGAACUGCGCAAGAAGCAUGAUAAGAAUCAUACCACAUCGUCCGAUAGCCGAUUGGCCGUACUGGAGAAGCAGCAGAAGAAGAUGGACAAAUCUUUAGCCGAGUCGGUUAGUGCACCGAAAGCCGUCGGCAAGGACGAAACAUCUAAUGGUGGACUUCAUCGGCAGGCCUCAACAGAAGAGGGCGUGUUGAAUAAUGGGAAGAUUUUAGCACAACCUAAAGGAUACAGUGGAACAGAUCGUCGCACGCUUGAUCCACUGCUGGAGAAAAGUAACCGCAUCCAGAACGAUACCCAAGGUUCCAGAACGCCGAACCGCAGGCGCAGCUCGGUAAGACGGUCGUCUUCAGUGAAGGUCGACAGUGGUGCAAGCAGUGUUGCUAGCAACCUCAGCUUAACGUCGCACCCACGGUGCUACUACAAUAACGGCAGCACCAAGUAUUACUUCGAUCGCAAAAAUUCCCUGCGCCUGUGCGACAUCAGGACACCGAACAAUCGGCGCCGUAUGUCCUCGUUCGAUCAGGCCUACCAUAAGCAAUCGCCGAUGAGCAGCAUCAGGAAUCUGGAAAUUAAACAUCUACAGGACGAGCUAGACAAAAGCAAGCUGGACAAAUCGUCUAACGCGUUCAAGAUCGCGGGAAAUAGUACGGAUAUGACUGGGAAUGCGACCAGAAGCGAUGGCACACCCAAGAAGAAAGGCAAGGGGCGUUUGAAACAGUUCUUCCGCAUGGUAACGCCGUACCAUUUCGUGGAGGACCAUGAAACGUACACGCUUUACCUAUUCCCCGAACACAAUAGAUUUCGACAGAUUUGUACCUGGUUCGUCAACCAGAAAUGGUUCGAUAACGUCAUACUGUUGUUUAUCGCACUGAAUUGCAUCACACUGGCCAUGGAACGUCCCAACAUUCCACCAAACUGUACCGAGCGUUACUUUCUCUCCACUGCCAAUUAUGUUUUCACUGUCGUUUUUGCAGUGGAAAUGUUCAUCAAGGUGGUUUCGGCCGGAUUGUUCUACGGACCGGAUGCAUACUUCACAUCGGGAUGGAACAUCAUGGACGGUUCGUUGGUGAUCAUCUCGAUCGUGGAUCUGCUGAUGUCGCUGAUUAGCGAAUCGAGUCCCAGAAUAUUUGGAAUCCUAAGGGUGUUCCGACUGCUGCGAUCGUUGCGCCCACUGCGGGUGAUUAAUCGUGCGCCAGGGCUUAAGUUGGUUGUUCAGACACUGCUGUCUUCGUUGCGCCCGAUCGGUAACAUUGUGCUGAUUUGUUGCACAUUUUUCAUCAUCUUCGGUAUAUUGGGAGUACAGCUCUUCAAGGGUACGUUCUACUACUGCGAGGGUGAAAACAUCAAGGGAGUUAAAAACAAGCAGGACUGUCUGGGCAUUGAGGGUAAUGUCUGGAUCAACAGGAAGUACAACUUUGACGAUCUGGGCAAAGCGCUCAUGUCACUGUUCGUGUUAUCCUCGCGCGACGGUUGGGUUAACAUCAUGUACACUGGGCUCGAUGCGGUCGGUGUGGAUCAGCAGCCCAUUGUCAACUACAACGAGUGGCGUUUGCUGUACUUUAUUGCCUUUAUAUUGCUCGUUGGAUUCUUUGUGCUGAACAUGUUCGUUGGAGUGGUCGUCGAGAAUUUCCAUCGCUGCCGCGAAGAGCAGGAAAAGGAGGAAAAGAUCCGUCGUGCAGCGAAACGAGCACUGCAGAUGGAGAAAAAGCGAAAAAGAAUGCAUGAGCCACCCUACUAUACCAACUAUUCGCCGAUGCGGCUCUUCGUGCACAAUGUGGUCACAUCCAAGUACUUUGAUUUGGCAAUUGCUGCCGUCAUAGGGCUUAACGUAGUGACAAUGGCGAUGGAGUAUUAUAUGAUGCCUCUGGCACUAGAGUAUGCGCUCAAGAUUUUCAACUACUUCUUUACCGCCGUCUUCAUACUUGAAGCGGCAAUGAAGUUACUUGCGCUAGGUGUGAAGAUAUAUAUGAAAGAUCGCUGGAACCAGCUGGACGUCGCGAUCGUGAUACUGUCGAUCGUGGGUAUUGUGUUGGAGGAGCUGGAGACGAACAUUAUACCGAUCAAUCCGACCAUCAUUCGUGUGAUGCGCGUCUUGCGGAUCGCUCGCGUACUAAAGCUGCUGAAGAUGGCCAAGGGUAUCCGUGCUCUCCUGGACACCGUAAUGCAGGCUUUACCACAGGUCGGAAACCUGGGUUUGCUGUUUUUCCUGCUGUUCUUUAUCUUUGCCGCGCUCGGUGUGGAGCUGUUCGGGCGGCUCGAAUGUUCCGAGGAAGUACCAUGUCAGGGUUUGGGAGAGCAUGCACACUUUGCCAACUUCGGUAUGGCCUUCUUGACACUGUUCCGUGUGGCCACCGGUGACAACUGGAACGGCAUCAUGAAGGACACGCUGCGGGACGAUUGCGACGACGCGGCAGACUGCGUGAAGAAUUGCUGCGUGAGCACUAUCAUAGCGCCGAUCUUCUUCGUCAUCUUCGUGCUGAUGGCACAGUUCGUAUUGGUGAAUGUGGUUGUGGCCGUGCUGAUGAAGCAUCUGGAAGAAAGCCACAAGCAGAUGGAAGAUGAAUUGGAUAUUGACACGGAGCUGGAACGCGAAUUCGAAAGAGAGCAAGAGUUUGAGGAGGAACAAGCGCUUUGCAUGCAGCUGAACGAUGAUAACAAGCAAGUUCACAAACGCCCACUAACCAAAGUUUCUUCCUUGCCUUCGAAUUUCACGUACAGUACUCCGAUCUUGGAGAAGAAGAGCAAUAUUCAACGUCGUCAGACCAUUCAGUAUUUCAACCAGAAUCUAGGCCUCUCGGUUUUCAACUCAUACACCAAUAACAAUUCCUAUGACGAAACGGCGGAAAACAAUAUCAACGCCGAGGGUGAAGAAAUUCCGGCGGCUGGGCGGGACGAUGACGGCGAGGAGAAGAAGAUGAAGAAGAUUGGCGAGGGGCCGGUAGAAGGGAAUAAAGGGUUGGAGGCGUUGAACUCUGCUAAGGAGUACAACUCCAAGAACGUUAACAAGAAGAUCUUGAUCAACAAGACGAACCUUUUUAGCAAGUCUUGCGAUGGUCGGCCCUCGGGCGAAAGUAAGCGGAAGGGGUUUAAGGAGGAGUGUCUCAACAUUACGAUACCGGGUGCCCCGGCUGGGGGCGCUGGUAAAGGUGAACCGACCCGGACGGAGGAUCCUCGCCGAGGGUCGUCCGGUCCGGUGGGUCUCGUUGACGGUACGGAGAGCGAUCUGGUUGAAUCGCAAUGCUCGACAAUCACUUCGUCAAGUAGAUCGCGGCAUCAAGCCGGUAGCAAGCUGGAAUCACGUCAAUUGAGUUUAGACUACGAUCCAACCAGAAACCCAAAGGCGUCCUCGGACGGGCACGAUGGAGCGCCGCUGGCCACCGAUGGUUGUCUCCCCGCGACGACCAUGGGCGUAGGCACAGCGUCCUCCACUAUCGGGAACAGUGGCAGCAGCAAUACAACGACCAGUGGCAGCACUGUUUCGAACAAAUCGUUUCUCUCGGUUCCUAAGCUGCAGCCCAAGAGCAGAUCCGGCAGCACCAAGCAGCUGUUCAAACAGACUGCCCUGGACGAGGACGGGGAGACGAACGAUGAGAGCUCCCUGCUGCUUCCGGUGGCCACCGUCGCCGAUAGUGGCAGUCCGGGCAGCAACCAUUGUCUCGGGGCCGGCGCUCUGCUCAGUAUACCGGGCGAGGGCGGUGGGUUCGGUGCGGAAUCGGUCAAGAAUUCGGAAUCGUGCGAGAUCAUUCGCAUCAUUUCCGAGCGACGCAAAAUUUAGGAAGC